AUGUCGUUAUGCGGAGGCUCCGGCCACUCCGCUGCCCCUCGGCCCCGGCCCCGUGCUGCCCAGAUGUCCCGGAGACCCGAGCUGCUGUGCGGAGCUGCUAUCGUGCUGGGCUGCGCCCUCCUGGUCACACUCAAAGUCACCUGCAGCCGAGCAAAAGAUGUAACAAUGGCAGCGAAGUUUCCAGUUAAUUUCUUCUCCUCAAGAUCUCCAGUCCUUGAUCUUUUUCGGGGGCAACUGGACUAUGCAGAUUACAUUCGCCAAGAUUCUGAAGUUGUACUGUAUUUUUUCUAUGCCCCAUGGUGUGGACAGUCCAUUGCAGCAAGGGAAGAAAUUGAACAAGUGGCAAGCAGGUUGGCAGACCAGGUGCUGUUUGUGGCAGUUAACUGCUGGUGGAACCAGGGGAAAUGCAGGAAACAGAAACAUUUCUUUUAUUUUCCUGUGAUAUAUUUGUACCAUCGGAGUUUUGGACCAAUUGAAUACAAAGGCCCUAUGAGUGCUGUUUAUAUUGAAAAGUUUGUUCGCCGGGUGAUGACACCACUACUCUACAUCUCGUCUCGAUCAAAAUUACUAGAUUUCCUCUCAAAUUAUGAGCCUGGAGUUCUAGGAUAUUUUGAGUUCAAUGCUUCACCUCAGCCUCCUGGUUAUUUGACGUUCUUCACAUCAGCAUUACAUUCAUUAAAGAAAGAUUACCUUGGAACAAUACACUUUGGAGUGAUCACGGAUAAACAGAUUGCAAAGGAGAUCUCGUUGACGCGCUCGGGAAGUCUGUACCUUCAUAGACAUGUCAACACUUCUCUUAUCUAUCCAAGUGAAGUCAUGAACUACACAGCUGAGAAUAUUUGCAAGUGGGCUCUAGAAAACCGAGAGACAUUUAUACGUUGGUUGAGACCACAUGGAGGAAAAAGCCUUCUACUAAACAAUGAACUGAAGAAGGGACCAGCACUUUUCUUAUUUAUACCCUUCAAUCCCUUAGCAGAAAGUCAUCCUUUUUUAGAUGAAAUUACCAAAGUGGCCUUGGAAUACAACAACUGUAAUAAAAGCCAGGCAGCUGAACCUGUUCUUCAGCACUUGAGAGAUGCAAAUUCACCAGAUUUUGAGUCCAUUGUACCACAUGCGCGUACACAAGUUGCAGACACUUACUCCAUAACAAAGUACCCAUGCUGCAACACGGUGGUGCUCCCUCAGUGGCACUCGAUCUCUAGGACUCACAAUGUCUGUGAGCUUUGUGUCAACCAGACUGUUGGGGUCAAACCAAGUAAAGUCAAUGUACCACAGUGUAACUUUUUAGAGAUAGAAGCAGCUUUGGACUCUUUCUACCUCAAGGAACAUACCUUUUUCCAAUUUGUAUCAAAUACCAUAGAAUGCAGCAAUUUCCUAAGUUUCUAUAGUCCUUUUAGCUACUACACUGCAUGUUGCAGGACAGUAAAUAGGGGUCUGAUAAAUUUAAUUAGUUCUGAAAACACCAUAUUUCAGACCCCUAAAGUAGCAUUUUCUUCCCAUGGGAAGAAAGGUAAGGAUGAUAUCCAACAUUCUAUUCCUCACAUUGAGGAUAGGAAUUGUUUUACUCCUGACCUUUGCGUUAAUGGCACUCACAUUACUGGCCUGAGCUGCAGGACCAACAAGACCUUGAAUCUCUAUCUACUGGAUUCAAAUUUGUUUUGGAUGUAUGCAGAGAGACUUGGAGCAUCAAGAUCUACUCAUGUGAAGGAAUUUGCUGCCAUUGUUGAUCUGAAGGAAGAGGCACACUAUAUCUUGGAUCAGAAUCAAACACUUAUAAAAUCUACUCUAGAGAACUUCAUUCAAAACUUCAGCAUUCUCUACAGUCCCUUGAAAAGGCAUCUUGUUGGUGACUCUUCAGUUCAUCUUCCUGCACAGCACAUAAUCACCGAAGUGACUACUACCACCUUUCGUGAUGUGGUGGUUUUGAGUGAAAAGGAUGUCUUGCUGCUCUAUUAUGCGCAAUGGUGUGGAUUCUGUGCUUCUCUUAAUCACAUCUUUAUCCAACUAGCGCGACUUCUGCCUCCAAACAACUUCACUGUGGCGAGAAUUGAUGUCACUCGAAAUGACCUUCCAUGGGAAUUUAUGACGGAUCGUCUCCCAACCAUUUUGUUUUUUCCUUAUAACAGGAAGGACAAAAGUGUGAAGUUUCCUGAAGAUUUUUCAGUUACUCUUCCUAAUCUGCUUAAGUUCAUUUUACAUUACUCAAGUCUACCUUCAGCUGCACCUGACUCAGAGCCCUGCACCAAAGAAUGUCCACAGAAAGAGAGAGUGUUACAGCAAGAGCAUCUCUCCCAUUUAAGGAGUGAGAUUCAGAAAUUGAGAUCCGAAGUCAGUGCUCUACACCAGGCUCAAGAUCAGCUGGAAGCCCAACUUUCUGAAGCCAGAAGAGAAGAACAUCAACUACAGCAGCAGAAGCAUACACUGGAAAAGCAGCACAGUAUCCUCCAGCUCCACAGUGAACAAUUACAGGCACUUUAUGAACAGAAGAACAGAGAAUUAGAAGAAAUGGCUGAGAAGCUUCAAGAAUUAGCAGAUGCAUCAGAAAACCUCCUUACAGAGAAUGCUUUACUAAAAGUCCUGCUAGCAGCAAUGGAGGGGAAGCUAGAGAACAAAGAUGAAACCAAGAAAUCCAUUCAGUCAGAGGAGACUCGUUCCACCUACAAUACGGGGCCAGUUCUAACUGCUAUAGACAGAUUACAUGAAAGAGAAAGGCUUGAUGUUUCCAAUGUUGAUACCACAGUGACUGAGCAUAAAGAAAACAGGACAGAAUAAUUACUUAUGCUAUUGGGAGGGAGGGGGGAGAAAAAUCAGGAAUGACACUGUAUUGGGAAGAUAUUUAUGCAAAUUUUAUUUGUUGUAAAUAAAAUAUUUUCCAAUUGUUUAGAAAAAAAAAAUCAAACCAGAAUAUUUCUGUAAUACUUCAAACAAUUUACCAGAUCUUGAAACCUAAAUGGAGAUAUGGAAAAUACUUUCCACUUUACUAUUGCACUAAUUUGAUAGCCAUUUUAUUAAUUUAACCUAGGUUAAAAAUAGUAAACUCCCAGGGACAGCAGAGUGAAGCAUCUCCUACUAAGGGACCAAUUUUUGCACUGGCUUCCUCCCCAACACAGAGGAAGUGUUCAUUUAGGAACUUUGACAAUUUAUACUUUUCUAAGAAACAGCUGAAGUUAGCCAUCAUCACUGCAUUUUGCUUUUGUUUACAAAAUUGACUGGAAAUUUGUUUAUUUAGUAAACUUGAAUGGAAAGUCAAAUGGUUAAAAUAUUCUGUCAUUCCUGUUGCAUACCACUUUUACAUGCUCCACAAUUAACCUAUAAUUGUCUUUGAAUCGUAAGUUAGGGAACAGAUUUUCAUAGAUGUUUCAUUAUGGGGAACAAAAGGCAGAAUAAUCUCAUCCAACCAGUGUUCCCUCUACCCCCUGCCCCUCCAAAAAA